AUGCCCGACAAAAUCACCUCCAAGAACCUCUCCUACACCUCUUCUCUGCCGCCGUUUCUCGCACGUCUUCAUGCACAAUCCGCAGGAGUUACUGGUCCAGACCCCCUGUUAGCGGCGCAGAAGCGGUCUACCAAAAAGAGGUCGAGCAGCGAAGAGGCGGAGGAUGCGCCCUUGGUUGUCGAUGAGCGCGGGAACGCGGUGAGCCUUCGUCUUGACAAGGACGGCACGGUCAGAGGAGAGACGAGGAGUGAUGAAGACGAAGCCAGAGUCGCACAGUUGGAUGACAAGGCCGAGAAAUGGGAUGCCGAUGCCCCAGUGUCUGUCGGAGGCCGAAAGCGCAAGGCCGGCAGAGUAGUUGGUGAGGGUGCGAAUCAUGGCCUAGACAAAGAUGGCCAGCGUGAACAGAGGGGCGAGCUCGGAAACGUGGAAACAACUGCUGAUAAAAAGGUCAAGAAGAAGGCUAAGAAGAUCAAGCUGAGCUUUGACGAGGACCAGAGCUGA